GUGUGGUGUUCCUUGUUGAGAUUCUCUUGGCAGCCCACCCAGAUUGGGCUUCUGCUUAACGACUGAGAAUGAGAGUAAAUUUUGUCUGCUGAUAUUUGCUGUCAAUACAACUAUUUUGAAAAAAUUGAGUCUUUUUCUGUGGACUCCAUUGGCAGUCAACCUCUCGGUCCUUAAGUCCAUCAAAAUUUGGUGAAACCUGAUAUGGAUGAAAUUUUGAGUGAUGGAUAGUCUGCAUAUAUCUCAGUCUGGAACUGGAAGCAGCAAAUCAUCUAGUCGCUCAACCUCUCCAUGCCCUCCCCACAGCAAGGCUGCUGUCACAAUAAGUCAUACAAGUAGCUCAGCUACAGGUGCCACAUCCAAACACGGGAAUGCAAGCUCGUUGCGACCAUCAGAGGGAGCAGGAAGUGCCAGUGGAUUUCCUUCAUCUGCUACGAUUAGUGUUGGAGGUCAAUCUGCUGCAACCCACACUAUGAGUCGUCGACGAUCACCUGUUCCUACUCGGAGGGACCCUCCGAAUGCAGCAGACAUGGGCACACCACAUUUGCCACGACCAGACCCUGUUUCAGCCCAAGUUUCAGAGGAAGAUGUUGUUGUAUCGCCAUCAAUUAUUGGAAUGCAUGUUGAGGAAGAGGACUCUCAGUACCUGGCAUCAACUUCAAUUCUAUCAAAUGGCUCAACAGAGCUUAUGUCAACCACAGUAGAUGAAGCGGAUAGCACUAGUGAGGGUACCCGCACUCGUACUGCUAUUGAACAUAUGCAGACCAAGAUAGCAAGAACAAAAGACCAGAUACGCGUAGAGCAAACAGCUAGAGAUGAAAAUGUUAAUGAAUACCUUAAACUAGCAUCAAAUGCAGAUAAACAACAGUUGACUAGAAUCAAGGCAGUGUUUGAAAAGAAAAAUCAAAAGUCAGCCCAAAUUAUAUCACAGCUGCAAAAGAAAUUAGAUAGCUACCAGAAAAAACUUCGGGACUUAGAACUCAAUGGAGCUAGUUCUGGACAUAGACAACCUAGGGAAAUGCUACGUGAUAUGAGUCAAGGAUUAAAAAAUGUUGGAGGUAACAUUCGGGAUGGCAUCACAGGAUUUUCUGGUGGUGUGGUUGAGAACAUCAAGGGAGGCCUACAUGGUGCGGCAGAAAGUGUAAUGUCAAAGCCAAGGGAAUUUGCCCACCUCUUAAAAAAUCGGUUUGGUAGUGCAGACAACAUAAACCAACUGUCAAGAAAUGGUGACAACAACAGUGGAGAGGAAGAACGUGUACACCAUGGCAGCGCAACACUUCCAGGAGGUUGCAGUUUGAACUCAGGUGGAAGUGGUACUGGAGGGGGAGGGGGAGGUAGUGUUAGUGCUACUGGUGUCAAGUUUACUUCUGAUGAGGGAUCAGAAUGCAGCUCUGUAACAAGUGAGAGUAUUCCACAUUCUGGCCAUCCUCAUACUUCAUCUCAUCCUCCACAUCACACUUCACACCUCAGUCCAACCAACUGCUCAAUUGAGGUCCUUUUAACCGAGUUGAGAGAACAAAGAGAAGAGUUUGACAGACUGCGUAGAAAAUUAGAUGAUAACAAAGAAGUAUUACAACGAGAGAUAGUUGAGCUAAACCACCUACUGCAGGAAGAACGGUUUCGAACUGAGCGAUUAGAAGAGCAGGUAAAUGAUCUUACUGAACUUCACCAGAAUGAGGUGGAAAACUUGAAACAAACAAUGACAGACAUGGAAGAAAAAGUUCAGUACCAAAGUGAGGAAAGACUCAGAGAUAUCCAUGACAUGCUGGAGAGCUGUCAGACAAAGAUUUCUAAGAUGGAACACCAGCAACUACAACAUCAGCAAUAUGUCACUUUAGAAGGCAUUGACAAUUCCAAUGCCAGAGCUUUGGUAGUGAAGCUCAUCAAUGUUGUAUUAACAGUCCUGCAAGUUGUGUUAUUGAUUGUUGCCACUGCUGCUGGCAUCAUAAUGCCUUUCCUCCGCACCAGGUUGCGAGUGCUAACAACAGUUAUUCUAAUUGCCAGCAUUGUUGUGGUUCUAAAGCAAUGGCCUGAAGUCCGUGAUAUUGGCAGCCAUGUCAUGCGCUUCCUCAAAGAAACACUAGCUUUAAAGUAAUCAAAGUGAGGGAGAGCAAGAAGUGCUCAAGACGUGUGACAAGCAAAUUUACAAAUGAGGAUAAGAAAAAGGCUGACUCAUUCACAAAUAAGAUGUCUGCAUUGCCUUGAAGAAUCCAUGUCAAUUUACGUUCCUGCUGCAGUUACAGUACAAUUUAUUUAGGUUUAAGAUAUUUCCUGUAAAUGGACCAUGGCGUAUUGUUACAAGGGAAGUGCUACUUAUCUUAGAAAACAACCAUGACAUGAAAAGAAAACAAGUUUGUGAAAGGAAGACUGAAUGCAUUCCUAGUUCAUUGUUCAAGUUUUUGCUGGCUUAAAUGUUCCAGUAUUUUACUUGAGCAUGUCUGUUUGUGUAUGGUGUGUCUGACUGUGUGUGUGAGUGAUUUCUAAUGCCUCUUUACAUGCAAAGCUUUUAGCACAAUGUUUUAUAUAGAUUGAAGCGCAUUCUUGUAAGGAGGCAUUUUAUUAUUCCUGUAUUUGCUUAUUUUUUGGCCGCUAUUUUUUAUUUUAUCAAGUCUCAGAUCUUUUUCUCAUGAAACUUUGAAGAAUCUUGGUGAAGAGCAUGUUUUUAGGUAGUCCUGUUCGGUAGAAAUACCGUUCCACCUAGAUACUGCCUCCACUGUACUCCACCAGCUCAUUGAAAUCAUUUUUCGUUUUUCUGCUGUAACUUGAGAUGUGUCAUGUGAAAGAACCAAAUUACUUACAGCAGUGCUUAAUCGAUUUUUCUGAACUCAAAAUUAAAAUUUUAAUUUUGUCUCAUCAUUGCUAAUAUGUAUGUUGCCAGGCACCAAAACUUUUGAUCUUUGAGUCAGUUAAGUAUAGUUUUUGGAAUCUUGCAUGAGGUAUUAUUAACAUUUAAUAUCCAUAUGAAACAAGGGUUGUGAUUCAAAGCAACAACGGAAAGUUGCCAUAUAGUAAGUUACUUCAAAUAUUUUACUAUGAAACAAUCCUGAUCUGGUUGAAGAAUUUCAUGAUUUUUAUGUUGAAUGUUUCUGGAGAGAGUGGUUUACAAUUUUGUGUAGCUUCAUUCAAGGUUAAUGUUUCAUGGGUAUAUUACCAGUCUAAUUACAUACAUUGCUGUGUUUCUGUUCCUGAGAGACUUAUUACCAUGUGAUCUUAAAGAAGUUGAUGUAACCUCUCUCUCAGUGCCCAGUGAAAUUUAAAGUUCCUGUGUGAUUUUGACAAGUGAAAUUUUAUCUAUCAAUGUUUUUUUAAGUACUUGUGGUUGUAUCUCUAGUUUUUUCUUCUUUCUACUGGUUUUAAAGAUCUUUUGGCGUUUCUUUGGAAUAGGAACAUAUUCUCUAGUAGUUGUUUUUUUCUCUGUGUUGUGAAGUGUUGGUUUUACAGAAACAACGAAAACAUUGUUGCCUCUUAGUUUUAAGUAAAUGGAAUCGCCGAAUGCCCCUGCUUGGUGACCACCGAAUUUUGAUGAUUCAGUAUUGUCAUCCACAUCGUUACCCUUGAAAAAAACUAUUUGACAAUGUUUUCAGCAUAUGAGUAAAAGGUCUGCAUUCAUUAACACAAAAUUAGCUUUCCCCUGGGGUCUCCUUUUAAGUAAAUUUAUGGGUGUUGCCAAUGCACGCCAAAUUUUUCUUACUUUUAUUUUAAUUAAAAAUUUCAGAGACUUUGGCUUGUUUUAAGUUUCAGAUUGCUUAAUGCUUUUCAUUAUAUAUGUGCCAUAGCCAGCCUUUUAGGUUUUUGUUGGGUUUGCACAAUCAUGUGUGGGUGAUAUCUUUUAUGUCUAAAGUUUAUUACCUGUAACUGAAAGUUCUGCGCAUCGAGUUGGAAACACAGUUUAUAGUGUAUUUCAUGCAUCAAAUUUAAAUUACCGGGCAGGCAGUGUCAAUUCUAAAUUUGUGUAUGCAGAAGCAACCCUGGUUCAUGGAGAGUAGUGCCAAGUUCUCAUUCAUGUUAAAUUGUGUUCCAUAUAAGUUUCCACCAAAUUCUUGCUAAAUUGGAUUUUAGUUUUCCAAUCACAUCGCUUGUAUGUUUGUCAACUUUUUGGUAGGUGUAGAGUCACAGUGGGUUUGAGAGUAGGUAGUUUGUACCACACUGUUUGGGUUUGACUGUGUGUCUUAUUGUUUUCAUAUCUUCAUACAAUGAACUUAUUGCCCAUCAUAUUUUACUUGAAAUCAAUACUUUGGCAACAUCUUUCUUGUGUGAAGUACUCUGAGGUUGUUUGAAUAAUGUUAUAUUUAAGUUUCAUAAAACUUGUGUCAGUUAUGAUAUCUCAAGAUAUUUCUGUUGCUAUUAUAUUAUUCUUUAUGUUAAGUUUCCAUUCUUUACAAAGAUGCCAAAGUCUUUUGUUUUAUUUUAAGUACACUUUCUUUUAUAUCUAUAUUUUUUUGUGGUAUUUUGACUGUCAGUACGGCUUGAAUACUUUGCCUUUUCAUAUUACUUAUGAUUUGAUUUAAUAGAAUAUUUAUGAAGGGUGCAUUGACAUUGCUGUAUGCAUUGCUCAUUUUUAUUUUCAUUCUGGUUCCUUAAAGGAUGAAGGAAGGAUUUAUGUUUCUGUCCAGUACUUUCUGUUGUUUUUAAAUUUGAUCCUUAAAUCAUCUGUCAGUGCUGUACCUAUUCAUAUUUUGGAGAUUGUGGAAGAGUGGUUAAGAAAUUCCAAACCUAAAAUCUAUUUAGAUACACAGUUUUGAAAGGGUGUACCUAAUUCCAUUUCUGACGAUUGCAACAUGGUCUCUACAUGUAGGUUACAUGCAAAUUGAUUAUUGGAUGUAUUUACCUAUGCAUUGUGUCAGGAUGAAAGAAGAAAGUGUGAAAUACCGCCUAGAUACCGGCCACCAUGGUUUUGUUUCAGAUUUACCUACAUCUAUCAUGUUUAGGUAGUUUUUAUUCCCUUCUCUCAAACCUUAAAUUUUUAUUUCCCUUGGAAUGGUAAUACGACAGAGAUAGAAUUCCUCCUUUUUUUAAAUUAUAGUAUUUGAAACCAAAUAUAUUUUAAACAUAACAGAAAACCACAGUUAAGAUUUGCUCUCUUUGAAAACUGAAACAGAGUAACUUUUUUUACAGUAAUGUGUUAGCUGAAGUUGGAUUUUUACAGAAUAGCUGGGAUAUCACAAAGUGUAGCCAGAUCCAACUUGCAAAAUUUGCAGUAUUUUUGCAUCCAUUCACCUUACAUAGUUGUAAAGGGCCUAAGCACAUCUCAACAGGUUGGUUUCCUUCCAGAUUUGACCUUUUACAGGGCCAUUGCCAAAGUUACAUUAUUUUUGAUACAGUAAUUAGAUUUCUGGAAGAAGUAGACCAGUCUUGUGAGGAUUUGUGUGAAGUACUUUCCAAUCUUACCUGAGCAGCAAAAUUGUAAUUUGAGUCCAAAGAGGCCAUUGCACCGAGGUCUUGUGGCACUGAUAAUUGAAACUAGGUAGCUGCGCUCUGUUUUUCAUCCCAGGUAAUUACUUUCAGUGGGUUUAGGAUUUGUGUUGGAUUGAUUGCAAUACUUGUGUUGCAUGUUAUGUUAUUCAUGUUAGGGAAAUAGCAUUCUGUUAAAUCGCUGGAAAAGUUCAUACUUUUCAACAUGAAUUUUUGAUUCAGCACAAACAGCUUCCUUUAGGGAUAAUGGUUGUCACCUAAAGUCAUGAUAUGCAUAACUUCUGAUGAUGUAUAGGCCUUCUCUAGGUUUGUUUUAGGAAGUUGAGAGAUGGGUUCAAAACUUACUGAACUAAUUACAGUUUUAAGCUGAAAAUGUAAAUUUGUCUAUAGAUUGGCACUUGUUAUUUUUGACUGGUGGCCAUACUUGUACUGGUGUGAGAUUAGCCUUUUUUAAAAUUUGUGGAAGUUGUUCCACAUAAACUAGGUAAACUGUUUGGAUCAGAGUAACAUUCCAUUCUAACUUGUAAGACGCUGCAAGCCAGUAUAAAUUACUGCUUGCAUUGUCUGUGAUGGAAGUUUGGUGGAACACCAGUGUGUAUAGUAAAUUUAUCAGAACAUCUGUGAUAUUGGCACAGCAGUGAUUGUAAUGGAUUGUAAUACUUUCAUUUAGAUAAUUUUGAUGUGAUUUGUGUAUUGUCUGCUUGAAAUGAAGUUCAUGUAUUCAAGUUGAUGGUAAGUUACAAUGGGUACUUUAAUGACCUUAUUAUCAACUGUCUGAAAUCAUGUUUAUUAGAAAUUCUGAUCUGCUCUUAAGGCAGCUGCAUAGAACUGAACAUGAUUUUGAAUUUACAGAACCGCUGCAAUCCAGUUUAAUAUUUAUGCACAGUGAAAUUUAUUCAAAUGUACAUUUAAAUACCAUUUGUAGCCCUCUGACAUUUGGUAUUGAUUUAUUUUGCUGACUAGCAUUGGUUAUUUGGAUCAUUUAAAGUUAUAACUACAUAAUUGAAAAUCACUGUAAAGACAAAAAUAUUCAGUGCCCCAAAACUUGUUUAAACAUUUGUGAAAUCAAUAUGGCUACCACCACAAGCAGUUGCUUCUUUCAUUAUUGUAUAAUAUCCAAUAAUAACUUAUGUAACAUGCUCUGAAGGAAAGAAGCCAGCUGCAGUGGUGAUUGUACUACAUUAAUAUGUGAAUUACAAAAAUAUACGGGGCAUAUUGUAAAAUAUAGUACCUAUUUUUAUCCCAA